UUAACAACAUUCACGAGUUAUAUAUAUGAGUCGAUAACGACCACCAUCAGAAAAUUUAUCAUCCAUAUAAAAAAAGUAAAGAGAAAAAAAAAUGAAAAGUUCAAGGAAAUUCUCAUCGUCGGCGACAACCACCGUUAUCCACACUUCCUAUAAUGACCUUAUUACCCCUCCGUCAACUAUAGAAAUCCCGAUUGAAGUCCCAACUCCGGCGGCGAAAUCCGCCGUCCAGACUAACGCCUCCACCGCAGCGCGGAUCCAGUCUGGCUACCGUUCUUACAGGAUCCGAGGUCUCUACAAGACAAUCUCGUCCGUCAAUCGGGAAGCGAAUCGUGUACAGAGCAUGAUCCAACGGCAGGAAACGGUAGACGCCAUUAGAAGCGACGAGAAGGAACGGCUGAGGAUGAACGAGACUGUGAUGUCUCUGCUUCUGAAACUCGACUCCGUCCCUGGUUUAGAUCCGACGAUCAGAGAAGCUCGGAGGAAAGUGAGCCGUAAGAUCGUAGGGAUGCAGGAAAUAAUCGAUUCAAUCUCGGAGACCAAAGACGAGAAUCAGUGGUGGUCUAACUACGAUCUCGGAGUCGACGUCGGACAAGGCGGCGCGUGGCCUCUGUAUUGGGAAGAAGCGGUGGAGGAAGAGAUGUGUAGAGACAGAGGCGGUGAAGAAAUGGAGAGAUUCUGUGCUCAGUAUUUGGGUUUCAGAUGUUUCCAGAGAUUUCUCAGAGAAUGACGGCGGUCAAUUUUCCGGCGUACGAUAGAUUUUAUCUUUCCUUUCGCUUUGUUUUUAAUCCUUUUAUGAUCCGUUAAAUUUACCACCGUCCUUUAAGUAAGUACGCAAACGCAAUACGCGCCGUCUUGCACCCAUGAAAACGUCAUGUAGUUUUUAUAUACAGCAGCUAGGAGUCAUUUCAAUAAUAGUGUCCCAAAAACUCAA